AUGCCUCUCUCAGCAUGUUGCAGACAGUAUGCGCGACGUGCUGCAAAUUCUGAUGGUGACAUGGCCUGGGAGGAAUAGUUUCCUAGAUCACACUGCUAUGUGAAAGCUUCGGCUAGCAUGGUAAUCGACUGGAAUCUACCGUGCACAGUUUGAGUCAGUGUUUCCAGUAGUGUACACGCGCUACAACUAUUAUUGAGAGCGGGUCCAAAAUAAAAAAUACGUACUAUUGACACUGCAAUAGUUUAUAUAAGAUAUCGUGGUAUUAUUUCCAUAUUGCCAAACCUACCCCUUCACAAAACGCGAAUUAACUUGCCGAAAAAUGAUGUCUUCGGCUACUCUAUGGAAACGAUAAAAGACUUCAAGAACUAAGACUAAAAUGUUGAAUUAGCAGAUACGAUCGGCUUGACAGUUCUCCGCGACCCACUCGCACAACAGAUGGAUCCCCAAGCACAGGUCAUUGAGCACGUCCUCCUCAAACUUAUCUUCUUAGUCAUCUCUAACAAGAUGUAUAGUAUUGUCGCAAUCCAUGGCAUUGGUGCCCACCCCGACGAUACCUGGACCAAGAAUGUCGGCACCUUAGACGCGCCAUGCUAUGUUAACUGGCUUACCAAUGAGGAUAUGUUACCACAAGCGGCCCCAAAUGCACGGAUACUUCGAUAUGGGUACGAAUCUGAGUGGUUUGGAGAUAAUGCCAUUUCCCAGAAGACGACAACUGUUGCAAAACGGUUCCUUCUUGCCUUGAAACGUGCAAGAAAGGUAGAUAAGCUGCUUAGCUUGGGAUUGCCAAUCGCUGAUAUACUAUACUAUAGGAGUUCCCCCUCCGUCCAUUGAUAAUUAUCGCUCAUUGUUUUGGCGGGCUAGUCGUCUUAAAGGUUGGUCCUGCAAACCCUCUUCUUGCCUUGAGCUAAGAUUGCUAGACACUCAUCGACGCACAAUAUCAUAAGGACGAGUGGCCGGGUAUAUUUGAUUCUACAACCGGGCUAGUGUUCUUUGGCACACCGUUUAGAGGGUAUGAAGCAGAGUGAAAUGCUUGAAGCCGCACGAAGGGAAUGCGACGAGGAUCAAAUCCAGACAGAAGUGCUAAGGGUACUUGAACCAGGGAACGAGUUCCUUCAAAAUCUCGUUGAUAGUUUCUGCAAGACACGAUCACAAGCAAACAAGGCACGGGUUACUUGUUUCUACGAGCUUAAGACAAGCAAUGUCGGAGAUAUUGUUGGCAAACAAGAACGAAUAGUAUGUGAAGUUGAUAUUUACUAUACUAUUGCUAAUAAUCUCUUAUAGAUUUGUGGUAAAUGAGAGCUCAGGUUGUCUUGACCUCUCGGAAUCAACUCAAAAGUUCUCCCUCUCUCGAUCUCAUUUUGAUAUAAACAAAUUUGGCAAGCCUACAGAAGAAGACUUCUUAACAGUAUUCGAUUUAAUUGAAGAGAUGGUUGAGAUAGCUCCUCAACUAGUUACAGCACGGUCUCAAUGUAAAUAAACCCCUAAUUCCAAUAUAUAGCAAAGAAUGGUAUUUUAAUUAUUUCAAUUUUAGUAGCCAAAGAAAAACACAAGGUUCCUUUUUCUCUCAAAGGCGUCCCGUCAGUAAAUCAAUUUGUUGGACGUGAAAGUGAUAUAAAGCUGCUCGAGGACUCUGUUCUUCCUAGCCCUUCAAGGCCUCGGCGCAAAGUUUACGUGGUUCACGGCUUGGGUGGAAUAGGAAAGACACAACUCGCGAUUGAAUUUGCUAGGAAGCAUCACC